CGCAGGGGCGACGAGGCUCUGGUGGAUUCCCUCUGUGAAGAGGAGGCGCAGUGUCGCGAAUUUGCGACAAUAUUUUGUGUAACAUUAAGGCUGUAGGUCUUACCAACGCUUCUUUGUAAACGAAGAAGGUGAACGUUUACGAUGCCAAGACUGACCUCAGGGGCCAACCUCUCUGCUGCUGACAUCACUCCUCCUCACGGCUCGUCGCCUCUGCUUGGAGACCCAUCAAGGUCUGAGGCUCCCGCUGCGUCCGAAGGCGAUGCCUCAACACUAUUCAUUCUCAGGCAGGCUCUCAGGACAAACACACUCGCACGGCUCUUUGGGCAACUUUUUUUGGGGGGAAACGAAAUAAAGCGUGACGAUGACAGAAGAAAGUAGAGGCAAACGAAGGAAACAAGCAAACCCCAGGAGAAACCGAGUGGAUCCUGAGGAAGUAACUUCACUGGGAUCUGAGGAGGAGGAUGAGGUGGGCCUGUGGAGCCUGGAGCCCCAGGACUGCCAGGAGAGCCUGGACAAGAUGAGCCUGACACCCAGAGAGGAGACAGAGGAGCCUAGCAGUCCUUCUUGCACCACGCAUCCACACAGCCUCAGCCCUGGCAGAAAAUACUACUGGGCACAGGCGGCACCAGAGGCCAAGGCAGCUGAGGAUGCAUCCACCACCGACAAGGAAGGAGACCAGGAAUCAUUCAUGAUGUCCUAUAAGAAUUCAGACUCCCAAAGUGCCUUGAAUGACCUGACUCACUAUGAAAUCCUUGCCCAGUUGAGGAAGACCUCUAACUCAGCCAGUCUUUUGGACCAUCUGAACCAUAAUGGCACAGCGGCUGUGUACCACCAGGGCAGUAGGAACGAUGAGCUGCCGCCUGCCAUCUGGUCGCCUGGAGCUCAGCACCGCUCACCUGAGGGAGCAGAUGCAGGUAGCACACAGCAGGCCUGUCCGUUCUGCCACAGGGUGUAUCAGCGAAGAACCUCUCUGAGGGACCACAUCAAGUGCUGUCAGGAGAGGGGGGGGGUGCACAUAGUCUGUCCACAAUGUGGAUACACUGCCACCAUUAGGGAGGAGAUGGAGCGGCACCUGGCUUUUCACAAACAAAUACAGGGUCCCAUCGUGCUGGAUCAAGGAAUGGAGAACAGAAAGUUCAAAUGCCUGCAAUGUGGGAAAGCGUUCAAAUACAAACACCACCUCAAAGAGCAUGUCCGCAUCCACAGCGGUGAGAAACCUUACAAGUGUUCCAACUGCAAGAAACGUUUCUCUCAUUCUGGCUCCUAUAGCUCUCACUUAAGCAGCAAAAAGUGCCUUAGUGGUGGAGGAAAUGGAGGUGGCAUUAUGGGAAGAGCCAGUGGGGCAAUUAAUGGACAUAGCCAAAAUUCCAACUACUGUUCAUUUCUAAUGUCUCCCUCUGCAGGCAGGGGGACAAACAGUAAUGAAAAGGGCUCUCUCUUGGCCUCACAGAAUCAAGAUAAUACCAGGUCUCUGAGCCAAGUACCAGAGAAUUCUCAACAGCUUUCACUGCAGGACCCUAACCAGAACCCCACAGCCUUCUCAAGAGCCUCAGACCUGGCUCAGCUAUGGGACCCAUCAGCAGAGCCCUCUCUAAGAGCCAGUAUCUUAAAUGGGAACACCCUGCUGCCAUUUCCAUACCCUAGGAUCGAAUUUGAGCAGAUGCUGCAGGAGAUGCUUCACAGGGAGGUGAAGAAAGAUGAGGAGAUAGACGGAAGAGAAGGCUCUGCAGCAGAGAAAAGCAGGGUGAUUCACAACGGAGGAGAUCCUGAUAGCAAGAUGUCACCUGUCAGGAGAAGAGAGUCAGUGACGUCAGGUGAAGUGGAGAGAGCUGUGCUGGGGGUGACAUGUCACUGGUGUUCACAGCUUUUCCCCAACAUGGCGGUGCUUCUGCAGCAUGAGCGCUACCUCUGUAAGAUGAACCGAGAGGCGGUGGAGGUGCCUGAGAGUCUUCACAGCAAAGACCACCCUUCGUCACCUUUAUUCUUCCCCGGAUCUGCUCUCCAACCAGAGAACCAUAAACGAAGUGAAGUAACCAAUGGCCUGUCUGGAAAUAAGUCACCCUUACAGAAGCCCAGCUGGCACUCAGUACCGCAUCAGCUUUUGGUUGUGAUGCACUCUCCCCCACAGCCCCACCACGAUGCCCUGUCAUCACGAUCGUAUUGGCCAGGCCAUGAAAAGGGAAGCCCAAGCCAACCAAUCAAUCAUUCCCCAGAGCUGUCAUCACCUCAAGCCAGAAGAAGAGCUCCCUCGUCACGAUUCGGUUCUCCUGUCUGCCUUGACCUCACCAGCUGCCCUCCUGAACUCUCCUCACCUCAGACUAGCAGCCCCUGGUCUGCACAAGACGAACCUCUGGACCUCUCCCUGCCCAAGCAGUUCUCAGACCAGGAGGGGAGGCACAAAACUGUCAACGGCAACUCAAGCAAAGGAGAAAGGAGAGAGCUUGGGACUCAACAGCUUAAGAGACCAAGUCCAACUUUGCAUCUGUCCCUUCAUCACCACCCCACCUACAGCGGGACCAGAACUCCUAUGUUUCAACGCUCCCUUUCCCUUGGUUUUCCUGUAUUCAACCAAUCUGGUUUAGGGAUUUCAGGGCACGAAGGCAUCAUACCAGUUCCAUUCGGCCAGUCAGCUAAUAGCACUGGGUAUCUCUCUCCUAUGGCUUACAUGAUGGAGGCAGAUACAGAGGCUACACUGAAAAAGAUCCAACAGGAGAGACAAGCUCUCAUGGGUGAUGUGUUAAACUGCGGAGCUUUGGACUACCUCACUCUAAUGGAUGAAGGGCUGGAGGGAGAAGGAGGGCCAGGGAGGAAGAGACUGAGGAAGACAGAGGAGGGCCUGUACGCUUGUGACAUUUGUGAAAAAACCUUCCAAAAGAGCAGCUCUCUGCUCCGACACAAAUAUGAGCACACGGGCAAGCGUCCGCAUGAGUGCAAGAUCUGCAACAAGGCGUUUAAGCAUAAGCAUCACCUGAUUGAGCACAGCCGACUGCACUCCGGAGAGAAACCCUACCAAUGUGACAAAUGUGGCAAGCGCUUCUCUCACUCUGGCUCAUAUUCCCAGCACAUGAACCAUCGCUAUGCUUACUGCAGCAAAGACCAGGAUCCAGACCAAGACCAUGAGGAGAUGCCUUUCACCCCAGGGCCAGGCAUCACUUUCAAAACCGAUGAGACCCCUUUGUCCAUGGAAGAUGCUCAAACUCCACAUUCUUUCCUCAGUGAUUCCAGUUUCGAUGGAGCUCCAGAAACCCUCAAAGGGGAGGAGGAAGAGGAGGAAGAGAAAGAGGCAGAAGUUAGUGAUGGUCAUGUAGAAGAGGCACAUGUGAGUUUGUCAGGGGAGCAGCUGGAAAAGCUCAUGGAAAGCAACAUGAGAGAAACUGUUGUGAAAAAACAUAGUGACAGCGCACAGAGCCACAUGUGCGAUGGAGACACUGAGGACCAGAGAGGAGACUUGAAUAAAUGUGAACUAAGCCUGGAUUUAACUGAUUUACCCAGAAUAAAAUCUUAAGGUGACUUUAAAGAGCCCAUGGCAUGCUCGUUUUGCUCAUUUCCAGCCAUUUAAUGUUUAAUCUUGGGUACUUCUAGCUUUGCAUCCGUCAUAACUCCAAAUAGUCUGUAAUUAUUUUAGAAUGAUAAAACUAGAAAGCCUCUUCUUAAAAGCGAGAGGAUAGUUCCUGAACACGCGCAACUCCUGCUUCCGGUGUUGUGUUGAAAGUGGACAGCACAACGAACCACAACGAUAUUAAUUCACUUGAAUUUCUUCUGGAUAGAGAGGUAAACAGUAUAUGAUGAAAGAAAUUUGUAACACUCUAAACAAAGCAGGUAGUUGAGAAAACCCAUAUUUUAAGACACAAUAACUUCUCCAGCCAAUCCACAAUUCUCUCUACAGAAACAAGACAUUAAGGCAUUUUUUUUAAAGCUUACUGUUAAGUCCCA